AUGACUAUCGAUUAUCCGCCAAUUCCUGCCGACGCUGAUGACGCAAUUAAGAUGUCAGUGAAAGUGGCGAAAGAGCAGAUGGAUAAAAUGUCUCAAUCCCAGCUUGCGUCCCGUCUAACAAUGGCAUUUACGCCGGGAAACAUUGACUUCGAAGAAUUGCAGAAUGCAGACAUCACGAUCGUUGAGGUAGGGGACGUGGACUCGACCUACAAACGGCACUACGAGAGCGUCCACCAGGCCUAUCCUGGCGCCAAAGUUGCCAGCAUCGACAGCGGCGGUUACUUCCCCUUCUUUAGUCGGCCCGACGAGUUCGUCGCCUACAUGAGGAUGCACUUCGAAGCCUACCUUGACACCCCGUACUUCCCGGCUAUUCAAGACGAUUGA